AUGAAGAAAACUGUUCGUCGCAUCCAAGCGGGUGCUUCGGGCACCCGUGAGCGCAUCCAAGGAAAGGUUUCGGCCGUGCGUGAGCGUAUCCGAGGAAGGAUUUCGGCCAAGCGCGAUUCUGACAAAGCGAUAUCUUCGGAUGCCCCAACUUCGGGGGCUCUAGCUUUAGAGGCCCCAGCUUUGGAGGUCCCGGCUUCAAAGGUUCAAGCUUCAGAGGACCCGGUUCCUGAGACCCCAGCUUCGGAGACCCCAGCUUUGAAGGCCCCGGCUUCGCAAGUCCCGGCUUCAGAGAUUCAAGCUUCAGAGGUCCCGGUCUCGGAGGCCUCCGCUUCGGAGACUCCAGUUUUCGAGGCCCCACUGUCGAAGGUCCCUAUUUCGAAGGUCCCGAUUUCAAUGCUUCGAGUUUCAAAGGUUCGAGCUUCAAAGGCCCCGGUUUCAAAAGCCCCACGUCCAGCGGCUUCGGCGGUUCUGCAUCAGUCUGACCAAGUGGAGGUAGUCCCGAGACCAAAGAGGAUGCCGUAUGCAUAUUCCGAUACACCACUUUUCUUCAUCACCCGUCGUGCCGAUGAUAAGUUCAAGGGAAGGGUCUGGUUGCUGUUUGGCGCAAAGUGGGAAUCAUUCGAGAAAAGGUUCCUCGCCGACAUGAGAAUAUUUCCCCCGGAGGUGAUCGUGGAUAGACGGAGCCCGUGCCCAUUCAAUUGGCUGCCGCUGGAGAUUCGCGCAAAGAUUUGGAAGUACGCUUUCGACGACUGCCAGGAGCCCGUCUUUCUCAAGAAGGAUGGGAUGGUCCCAAAGAUUCCGACUUGCAUGCGAUUUGUAUCGUACAACUGGAUGUCAGAGGCGUGGUUCGCAUGGAUCAAUGCGCUGAGCAAUCGGACUCUGGUGUUGAUGGAUUUCGCCAGAUACGCGUACCUUGACCCACCUUGCCCAGUGUUGCGACACCUGUCGACAGUCCGGUGUCGAGCAAUCAAAAUCGCGCUUGGUGACAACGACCCCGAGAAAGCCGAGAAGCGCACUCGCCAAUUUCUGAAGUUCAUCACCCGGCAUAAAACUGAUGGAUUCCUCGCCGUCCGCACGCUGAUCGUCGAAUUGAGGAAGAACUGGACAGCUGGGGGCCAGAUGAAUGAGGUCGACCUGGCGGACUUGUUGAUGUGCGGCGCAUUCAUUGAAGUUGAGCGCAUUCGAAUUCACGGAGAGAUCACAAAUGAGGGCCUGGAACAGUUUCUGAAGCGCGCCCGACGUCUGGCGCAUGCCUCGUUCUGA